UGUGACCAAGGAUUUACAAAACAUCAAUAUCAUAUUCAGAUUGUCAAUUUUACACUUUAUUUUUCUUGAGGACGUUCAAGCGUCUUAACGGUUCAGACUUUUUGUUACUAAGCGUAACAAACCAAAAAUACAGACAUGGCGAAGGGUGGUAAGAAGAGUGGGAAGAAGAAGGGGGGUAAGAAGAAGUCGAGCAAGUUAGCCAAUAUGACGGAGGAAGAGAGAAUCGCUUAUGAAGAACAGAAAGCCUUGGCAGAGGAGGAACUGAGGAAAAAGAAGGAGAACAUGCUCACCCAGUUCUUAAAGGAUAAACUGACAAAAGAAGAGAGAUCAACAAAGUUUAACAUCAACAAACUAAAUCACCAAUGGAGAAACAUAAUGAGAGAGAACAAAUCCAAGGAACUGAAGAAAGAUCUGGAAAUUCUGAGUCAAACGUUUGAGAGGAUUGUUGACAGGAAGGAUGCCACCAUUAAGGCUCUUGCAAAGGAUCUCCAGGAGGCUGAUGAACAAUACUCAAUGGCACUGAGGGCACAUUUACAGAGUACAGACAAUCUCAUAGAUCAACACAAGAGCCGGAUCGAGUUCCUCAGGAGGCAGUACGAUGAUGAGCUGGCUGUGAUCACGGAGGAGUUUGAUACGGAGCGAGCUAUCAUGUUGGACCAGCACAGCCGGGAAACGAACGAGAUAUCCGACAUCCUCUUUGCCAUGGACCAGAACUUUCAGGAGCGAGAGAGGGAGGCAAAGUCUGACUUUCAGAGUUUGGUGGAUGAGAUUCGGAAUAAAGAUAUGGAGGAAAUGCAUGGUUUGCGACAUCAGCUGACAGAAAAAUUCAACUUCUACUGGAAUGCAUUUGAGCAAGCUCGUAAAAACUACCAAGAGAAUAAUGCAGAGAGGAAAGCUGCCUUUGAAGAAUUGAAGGACAAGGAUGAUAAGUCAGCACAAGAAAUUGACUUUCAAAUGAGAAAGCUACAGAGGAUUUCUGAAAAUAUUGCACAACUUAAAUCCAAAAUGGCAUCAAAUGCGAAGGAGAAUGAACAAAGGAACAGAUCCAUAAAAGAGGAAAGGGAGAGAAUGCUGGCCCACCUCCAGGAUUUAAAGGCAGAGAUGAACAAACUAAGAGACGGAGAGCGAGCAAAGCUUACCAAGAUGACCGUUGAAAGCAACACUGCCAUCAAAACUAUGAAAGCCAAAGUGGAAAAAGUGAAGAAUGUAAUAACAAUGGCGGAAAUGUGUCGACGGCUGGAGACGGAGGAGGAGAAAGUUCUGCCGUUUUACGCCUCCUCCCUCACAGAGGAAGAACAACAGGAUGUGGAGGCAGCCAUACAGGAACAGCCGUACGAAAAACUCUCACUGAUAAUGCAUGAGUUUACUUCCCUUGAGAACUUCUGGAAGCGCUUUAACAAGGUCACUUUGGACAAGUUGGCACUGGACAAGGAGAAGCAGACACUGGUCCAGGAGAACACACAGCUCCGCAGUCUGCUCAAACAGUACCUGGACGGAAUCUCAGUCAACGACGAGAUCCUGAGUCAGGUCAACCCCCUCCUGGUAGUCAACAACAGGACUAAUGUCAACUUGAAUGUUCCUGUCAGCGACCCACGUGUCAGACGACCGGUCCCUCAGACGGUAGUGGAGGCGGCCACUCAUUCCCGCCAACUCAAACUCACAUGAUGUCAUCAUCUGUAGAUGACGUGUGGUUACACGUGAUGGCUAAUUUACAGUAGACUGGAAUACAGUUGAAUGAAGUUUCUGUCUACGCAAGACUAUUGACAAUAUUUAACUUUAAAAUUUGCAUUUGUUUUACAUAAAAUCUAGUAAAAUAAACUUUUUAAAAUCAA